AUGACCCCAGGAGGGCUUUCCGUCUGGCGCGGCGCGUCUGUACGUGGCUGUGAGCCCUGCUCGCGGUCGGGCACCGGCGGCAGGAUCGGCGCCGCGGAGGCCGCUGCUCGCGCGAGGCGGGUGCUGGGCCGGCCGGAUUUUGAGGUCCGGGGGGCCAGGCAGCAUCCCAGCAGGGAGGAAUGCAAGGUGGUGGCCGCCCAAAUGAUGUGCAAGGAGUCCCAGAAGAGGAAUCGGAGCUUCAAAGCCGCCGCGUACCGCACGAUCGUGGAGCAGUUCUUUCCAGGGCAGCCCCAGGCCGCGCGAAAGGAUGCCGUGGUCACCCUAGACACAUGGAGGUUCAGCAGCAGCCAAAGCCGCCAACCGGAGCGGGACACAGCGCAGGAAUACGUGGAUGAUGUCUACGCUCAAAUGCUGGAAGAAUUCCAAAAGACGCAGGAGGCUGAGGAGCUAGUGCGGCAAAAGUCAACUGCGGCAAGGAAAGAGUUCAAACGUAAUGCUCGAUUGCUGGCUUAUGCAGAAGGAGGCUCGCUGGUUCGAAAGGCGCAGAGGGAGGUGGGGGAGGAGGAGAAGCUCCCCAGAAGUUCCUAUGUGCAUUGCUAUUACAGGUACUUCAAGACUCCGCACUUAGCUCUUUCCAAGGUCGCGGAGGCUCUGGGAGACCCCGAAGACGUGUGGGACGCCCAGGAUGAAAACCGCGGCGAACUAUCAGAUCUCGACAGGCUGAAGAGUGCGCAACGCCGCUCUAGGUCGCGGCGGCUCGAGAUACCAGAGUCCGAAUUGGAGGAUGAGCGGCACGUCGAGCCCCUGUACAGGAAGCACCUCUUCAAGCACCUGAGAUGA